AUGGCGCCCAACAGCAACAAACUCGUCGACGCUGUCGACAGGCUAAUCACCCACAUCGUCCCAACCAACCCCAAAGAAGAUGAAGAGGCGGCCCAGGAGAGACACGAUAAUUGUUUCGAGCUCGUGAAGAACAUCCUGGAGAGCCCCGCAUCCCCAGCGAUCUCCUCCGAUGUAAACCAUGCGUCCGACAUGAUCAAGCGGAAGCUGAUCCAAACGAACCCGAGCCAAGCCCUUCGCUUUUCGAACCUUUACAGCCGCCUUCUAUCACUUCCCGUCCUGAAGCAAAAAUGGGCUAUCCUCUACCUACUGUACCAACUCUCCGAUUCCCCCGACCCGAACGAACCCCUCCCGCUAGAACCCGCCCUAUCUCGUUACGAGAGAGAAGCUCCGAGAAGGGCUGAACAAAAUCAUACUCCGAAAUCUCUGACCCCUGCACCAAAUCAAGACGAAGAGGUAUUCAACGAAGCGUUUGCGCAGGGCGGACUAAAGAAGUUCCCACCGCAGCCGCGAGAAGGAAAGAAGGAGAAAGCUGACGAGGAGAAGGAGAGAGCUUCGCCUACAACUUCCAAGGAGUCACCAAAACGAGAUGUAGCGCUGAAAUCGAAACACUUGGCUAAUAACUACGUCGAAACCAACCCUUCGGAGCCCUCUCUCCUUCGCGACCUACCCUUCACCCUCCAGGGCUUAUCCUCGACGACCAUGCCGUUCGAGAAACAAGAUACACUCACACUCCCCCCCACUCUUCCGGCGCCGAUAAUAUCACUUCUACAUACCCUUGCAGAGCCCUCUCUUCUCUACAAGAGCCUAGAUACUUUUGUCAAGUCGCCAGCGAAAGGCCUUCUAGGCCAAAGUCUUCGAGCGGCUAUUGGCACAGAACUCAAGUCAUACCUUAGCUUAAUCGCCACGCUAGAGGUGCAGAUCCGCCGAGCUCUGGCGACUCUUGACGAAGAAGCUCCCCGUCAAGGCAUAGGAAAGGCCGGAGUAACUUUGAAACGAUGCGUGGUCUGGACAAGGGAGGCAACCAUGGGCCUGCGCCUAAUGUGCCUUAUAGCGGAGGAGUCCGAGAAGCAGAGGGGAGGGAAGCUAAUCUCCAUGAUUCACAGCUACUCCUCUUCAUACGGCGAUCCCAUGGUCGCGGCGUUUGCCGAGCGUCUCCUUGGCCAAUUCACAAGGCCCUUCUUCGAUAUCCUCCGCCACUGGAUUUACGACGGCGAGCUCGUCGACCCUUACCUCGAGUUCUUCGUCAGAGAACAAACGCCGGGAGAAAACGACGUCAACAAGGCCAAGACCGGCGGAAAUAGCGUGUGGGAGGACAAGUACGAGAUUGACAAGGACAUGAUCCCCAGCAUCAUAACUCAGGACUUCGCCCAAAAGGUGUUUCUUAUCGGGAAAUCUCUCAACUUUAUCCGACAUAGCUGCAGUGACUCGCAAUGGGUCAUGGCGUAUUCCAAAGCGGCGUCGAAAGAACUCCGAUACGGCGACACGGCCCGACUCGAGGAGUGGAUCGACGAGGCUUACAAAACCACCAUGAAGCGCCUGAUGGACCUCAUGGAGACCAAGUUCCACCUCUUCGAGCACCUCCAAGCUCUGAAGAACUACAUCCUCCUCGGGCAAGGAGACUUCAUCGCCCUUCUCAUGGAGUCGCUCGCAGCGUACCUCGACCGCCCCGCGGGAGCGCAGUAUCGCCACACUCUCACGGCGCAGCUCGAGAACGCCAUCCGCGGCUCCAACGCGCAGUACGACUCGGGUGAGGUCCUUCGACGCCUCGACGCCCGCAUGUUGCAGCUCUCGCACGGCGACAUCGGCUGGGACUGCUUCACGCUCGAGUACAAGAUCGAUGCGCCCGUCGACGUCGUCGUGACGGAGUGGGGUAAUCGGCAGUACCUCAAGGUCUUCAACUUCCUGUGGCGCAUUAAGCGCGUCGAGUUCGCCCUCGCGUCUACCUGGCGCAAGUGCAUGACGGGGGCGCGCGGCGUCCUGCAGAACGGCGACCCGGCCGUCGAGCAGACGUGGAAGUCGACCCGCGGUGUCCUCGCCGAGAUGAUCCACUUCGUCGGCCAGCUCCAGUACUACAUCCUCUUCGAGGUCAUCGAGUCUUCCUGGGGUGAGCUCCAGAAGCGCAUCCGCCGCGAAGGCUGCACCCUCGACGAUCUCAUCAAGGCCCACACCCGCUACCUCAACGACAUCACCCACAAGGGUCUCCUGGGCGCCCGGCGCCGCCACGCCGUCGACCCCGUCACUGGCGAGGACGACCGCACCUCGUACCUCUCCCAGCUCGGCGAUCUCCUCCGCACCAUGCUCGCCUACCGUAACUCCGUCGACGGCCUCUACAGCUGGAGCGUUAGCGACUUCACCCGCCGCCAGGAAGCCGACGUCCGCACCUCUACCCGUCCUCGCCGCGGCGCCGCUACUCCCGCCGACGAGCCCCUGGGGACCUCCGUCGCUAGCGAGUUCCCCGUCUUGACAGAACGCCUUCGACAUCUGGGCACCUCGUUCCGCACCCGUCUUCAGAUUCUUCUCGGCGAUUUGGCCUAUCAGCCGGAUGUCGAUAUGCGCUUCUUGGGCGUCGCCAUGAACUUUAACGAUGUGUAUCAGCCCGCGAGGAGGAAGAGCAAGGCGCCGCAGUCUGCGAGCAGUGCUGUUGGUACAAGUGCGUAA